ACGAGCUUUACGACAAGUUUAACGUCGAGCAUCACCAACUACAGAUAUGAGAAUGGGCGCCGUUAUCAUGGGUUUCGGGAUGCCGAAGGCUACUUCUUGCCAAAUGAUGAGCUUGAGAAUGAUCGCCUAGAUCUUUUCCAUCACAUUCUUACCUUGCGCUGUGACGGAAAUCUUCACUUUGCGCCGAUCGGACCAAAUCCCAAUCGUAUUUUAGACUUGGGCACAGGCACAGGAAUCUGGGCUAUUGAUAUGGGCGACGAAUAUCCAUCGGCCGAGGUCCUGGGAAAUGACCUUAGCCCGAUUCAACCGGCCAUGGUUCCUCCAAAUGUACGAUUCGAGGUCGACGAUAUGGAGAACGAAUGGGUAUACAGCUCCAAGUUCGAUUUCAUCCACGCACGAUACCUCGCAGGAGCAAUCAAAGACUGGCCAAAGCCAGGCGGCUGGGUAGAGUUUCAUGAUUUUGACAUGCAGUUUUACACUCUUAAGGGAGAGUUUACGCGUGGUUGUCCCAGUGACGAAUGGACUUCCCAGAUUGUUCAAGGUCUCAAAAAGGCUGGCAUGGAGCCGGAGCCGGGGCCCAAACUGAAAGAGAUUGGUGCUCUGGAUUAUCAUCAGUUUAUAGAGGGUCUGGAGGCUAUCUCGUUGCAUAUCCUCACCAAUGCCUUGGGAUGGAAGCCUGAAGAAGUCCAAGUCUUUCUUAUAGACGUCCGGAAAGACCUCAAAAAUCCUCGACUUCAAGCCCAGCACAACUUCCACGCCGUAUAUGCUCAAAAGCCACUAGAUGAAAAAGAAUAG